AUGCACCUACGCUGGCGGUCGUCCACCGGCGCUUUCUUUGCGAUAACCGAUGCGCUGGGCAUGGUUCCUCCAACCAGCGUGGCCAGCGAAGAGUUUUAUCGCCGGGAACCACGGGUCGGGUCCGCAAUGCGCAACGGAGGCAACACAAGCACCAAGAGAUCACCACCGACACCAGGGCACCUCCCGGGCAUACCACUGGCACUGUUCCUCGCGCAGGCUCGUCUGCCAUCUGCGCGGGUUUCCCUCAAGGAAGACGCAGGAGCUGGUGCGCUCGGAUUCCCUCCCGAUCCGGCAAAGGUGAAGGUAUUCGGUUGA